AAUGAGAGAAAUGGUGCAAUUCCACUCCCAUACAAUUGUACCUCCUUGGAAUCUGUAGGUUCGCUGGAAGUGAUACCAGCAGCUAAUACUCAUAACGAGAAUAAUGGUGCAAUUUUUGCUGCCAUUCCAGCAGGAGCAAUAAUCAUAACUCUUGCAAUCAUAGCCACACUAGUAUUUGUCUUAAAGAUGAAGAGCCAAUCCCAUUUCUCAACCACUCACCUGGAAACUAGGUCCAGCUUGGAAUCUUUGGACGACAGCACGCCACAGAACGUUAAUAGAGGACCAAAUCGCUAUGAUAAUAUGACUGAA